AUGCCUCCGCCCGUGACUCCAUCCCCCUUCCGCCUGUCCCGCCGCCAUCCACCGACGCGUCGCAGCGCCGGGCCACAAUUUGCAAAUUCGCCUCGGUUCCUCUUAUCGCAAUCAACACCGCAGAAAGGCAGAAGUGAUGUUGAGAUUGUCGACGAUGAUGCGCCACCAUCGACUGCCCCAGUCACACGCACCCCAGCUCAACCAAGACAAGCUGGUACUCAACCGCGCCGGCAGCGGGAUGUGAUCGAAGACUCGGAUGACGGCGACUGGUUGGGCAAUGCAGAUACCCGUGACAACGGGGUCAAUGAGCUGGCCGAUGACUCUAUCGCUAGCUCUCCACCUGUUGGUCCAGGGACACCGGGACCGCUGGACGCUGAGUUUGACGCACUCUUCGCGCCAACUAGAGAUGGUAACAAACGACAGCGGCUCUCCGCGGGAGGGGUUCAGAAUCUAGGUCAACCCUUGCCAAAUACCCUAGAGCAAAGACAUUCGUCGUCUCCAGAGCCGCAAGGUCCAGCAUUCGAUCCUCUCCAAACACCCGCUCCUCGAUUAUUACCGCGUCCAGCGGCGCAGGACCAGAGCACCCAAGCAACCCCAGUCACAUCCGUAAAACCCUGGGCGCCACUAGAAGCAACACCUGGGAGCACACAAACGCCAUUCCGCAGUCGCCCAAGAUUUGUUCUUUCAACGCAAAAGCCGAGCAGCAGUCAGCCCGCGUUUCGAGCAGAGACACCAUCCGCAACCCAGCCAACCUCGCCGCCAGAGCGACGCAAACCUGCUUUCGUACUUCCCCGUUCGCCGUCACCUAAUGCUGCUUUGGAGGAUAUACCAGCGCCGUUCUCUCCCUCCUCGAGGACGCUUCAUCGGCGUGGCAAGAACCGCUCCGGGGUGGGUUAUGCGCCCGGCGGUAUGGCCGCCGAGGUACGCAGUUGGAUUCUUGAGAUGGGAUCUAAGCAUGAGCCCUUGAAUGCCACGAAUCAGGCAGUUGGAACGACGGGUGAUGUAUCCACGGAUCUCGGGCGAUAUCUCGUGGCUGCUCGAGUGCUCCAGGUAAGACCGGCAGUGCUGAGUAGCUCUGGUGCGCUGUCGUUUGUUCGAGCUGAGAAGGUGGCUAGUCUACCGACGGACGAUAAUGAGGAGAAAGAGCUUCUUAAUAUAUUGAUUAUGGGGCCUUCGCGAUAUAAGCCUCAAUUGCAUGGACCAUCAUCAGGGGCCCAUGGGCUGCGAUCAGGCUACAUCCUGGAAGGAGAUGUAUUGGGAAUCCAUCGGGGCCUGGCUUGGAACGUCACAUUUGAAGAAUAUCAAGCCCUGGCUACUGCCAAUGAGUUUCAGACAGAGGCGCCUCGCGAUGAUGAAUCUAGUAAAGCAGAGCAAUGGUUGAUUGCUACGGAAUGGGACCACGUCGAGCAGGCUACGUAA